UCUCUCUCUCUCUCUCUCUCUCUCUCUCUCUCUCUCCACACAUUUCAGGCCUUAAAAAAAAAACUCUCAGUCUCACACACACUGCUCUAUUUCUUUCUCUUCUUUUAUCUCUCUCCACAGUUGUGACUUGUGAGUGCUCUCUCUCUCUUCUCUGCUAAAGCAAACCACCGUCAAAGUUCUGAUCUUUGAGAACCCAUCUCUCCCUGGCUCACUCAAGCAGAAGUUACCUUGCAAUUGUUGGAAUUGAAGAUGAGAUUGAUUUGGAUUGUCAAUGGAGGGAGUCACUUAAUGGAGUUGGGGGUUGAGUGCUGGCUUUGUUCAGUUUGAUCUGUUCUAGCAAGUCUGGUUUCUGUGAAGGUCUCGGAAUCUGGCUCCGGAUAAUUGAAGGGAAAUAAUGGGUAGUCGCAUAGAAGAAGGAAAUUCGCGCAGACCUCCACCUUUACAGAUUUCAAAGACAAGUAAAUCAGAGCCGGUAACUCCAAAAAAAAUGCCCAGCAAUCUGCAACCAGCUGUAUCGAAGCAGGUUUCUGGAGAAGCACUCGAAGAGAGGAAGCUUAAGACUCAGCAGGAUUCUGCCAAAUAUUUAGCUGCUAAGUUAGAAUCAAGUUUAUCAAUGGGUGGUCCAACUCAGGUGCCAGCCAAUGUGGGCCUUGCAGUGAGUGAGACCGGUAAUUUUCCAGAUGGUGGUGGCAAUCAAGUAAAGAGAACAUUAGAAAAUGGUAAUAGCUCAGCAAAAGUCAGCGAUGGGGCAAGCAGUCUUGCCAAGACUAGUGGAAGUGCCAAAAUUAGUGAUCGAGCUGAGUUUGUUGAGAGCGGGAAGAGCAGUAUUUGUAGAGGUAGCACAAGCACUGAUGUGAGUGAUGAAAGUACUUGUAGCAGCUUUAGUAGCGCUAUCAACAAACCUCACAAGGCAAAUGACAUUCAUUGGGAAGCCAUCCAGGCUGUCCGUGCAAGGGAUAGUGUAUUUGGUUUAGGCCAUUUCAGACUUCUGAAGAAGUUGGGCUGUGGGGAUAUUGGAAGUGUCUAUCUUUCAGAGUUGAGUGGAACAAAAUGUUAUUUUGCAAUGAAGGUCAUGGACAAAGCAUCUUUGGCUAAUCGUAAGAAACUUCUUCGGGCUCAGACAGAGAGAGAAAUACUUCAGUGUUUGGACCAUCCUUUUCUUCCAACCCUAUACACCCAUUUUGAAACAGAAAAGUAUUCAUGCCUGGUGAUGGAAUUCUGCCCUGGAGGUGACCUGCACACACUUCGGCAGAGGCAACCAGGAAAGUACUUUAGUGAACAAGCAGUGAAGUUCUAUGUAGCAGAGGUUCUCCUUGCACUGGAAUAUCUUCACAUGCUUGGGAUUGUUUAUCGUGACCUCAAGCCGGAGAAUGUCCUUGUAAGAGAUGAUGGACACAUAAUGCUUUCAGACUUUGAUCUUUCCCUGCGCUGUGUUGUCAGCCCAACUCUAGUCAAGUCUUCAGUUCCUGAGUCUGAUGCCUUGCGAAAGAACCCAGUUUACUGUGUGCAACCGACCUGCAUUGAGCCCUCAUGUAUUCAGCCAUCAUGUGUGGUGCCUACAACAUGUUUCUCCCCUCGUUUCUUUUCAAGUAAAUCCAAAAAAGACCGAAAACCCAAGAAUGAAAUGGGAAACCAAGUCAGCCCAUUGCCAGAACUUAUUGCUGAGCCAACCAAUGCUCGCUCGAUGUCAUUUGUUGGGACUCAUGAGUAUUUGGCACCAGAAAUUAUCAAAGGUGAAGGCCAUGGCAGUGCUGUUGAUUGGUGGACUUUUGGGAUUUUCCUGUAUGAGCUAUUGUUCGGUAAGACCCCUUUCAAGGGAUCAGGGAAUCGAGCCACUCUGUUCAAUGUUGUUGGUCAACCACUGAGAUUCCCAGAGUCCCCAGUGGUCAGCUUCUCAGCAAGAGAUCUGAUAAGGGGCUUACUAGUGAAAGAACCGCAGCAUAGGCUGGCAUACAAGCGUGGAGCAACUGAGAUUAAACAACAUCCCUUCUUUGAAGGUGUCAAUUGGGCAUUGAUUAGAUGUGCAACCCCACCUGAUAUCCCAAAGCCAGUCGAGUUUGAGCGGCUAUCAGCCCCCGUAAUGUCAUCUAGCGAUAAAGCUACUGCUGCUGCCUCUCAUCCAGACCAAAACAAUUAUCUGGAAUUCGAUUUCUUUUAAUUAUUUUCAGAACUGAUAUUUGUAUUGCAGCUCAAAGGUUGUUGCUGUGUCCAAAAUGUGGAUCCUGGUUCUAUCUUUGAUAUGAUAAUAACAGUAUAUUACAUUGAAAAUGGCCC